UGCGCAUGCGCACCCAGACUUGUGUGAAGCACAAGGGAGGAAGUGCUCUGGAAGGUAACACCUUCGGAAGAGUUUGCUGGAGCCAUGGGGAAGCUCAAUGUCGUUUUGCUCCGAUACCUUUCCCGGGAGCACUUCAGGGUGUUAACUGCGGUUGAGAUGGGUAUGAAGAACCAUGAAAUAGUUCCUCCUAGCCUGAUUGCCUCCAUUGCCAGCCUCAAACAUGGGGGAUGCAACAAAAUUCUGAGAGAAUUAGCAAAACACAGGCUCUUGGCUUAUGAGCGAAUUAAAACUGUUCAGGGCUAUCGAUUAACUAAUGGAGGAUAUGAUUAUCUUGCCUUGAAAACUCUUUCUUCUCGACAAGUUAUCAGUUCGGUUGGAAACCAAAUGGGUGUUGGAAAAGAAUCAGACAUUUAUAUUGUUGCAAAUGAGGAAGAGGAGCAACUUGCACUAAAGUUACAUCGACUUGGGAGAACAUCCUUUCGGAACUUAAAAAACAAGCGUGAUUAUCAUAAACACCGGCACAAGAUGUCAUGGCUUUAUCUGUCACGGCUGGCUGCAAUGAAAGAAUUUGCCUACAUGAAGGCUUUGCAUGACAGAAAAUUUCCAGUUCCCAAGCCAUAUGACUACAAUCGACAUGCAGUAGUAAUGGAACUUGUCAAUGGAUACCCACUAUGUCAAGUGCAUCAACUUGAAGACCCUGCUUCUCUAUAUAAUGAGUUAAUGGAAUUAAUUGUCAAGCUUGCUAACCAUGGUUUGAUCCAUGGGGAUUUUAACGAGUUCAAUCUCAUGUUGGAUAAUGAAGAUCGGAUCACAAUGAUAGAUUUCCCUCAAAUGGUGUCUACCUCACAUCCAAAUGCAGAAUGGUAUUUUGACAGAGAUGUGAAAUGCAUUCGUGAUUUCUUCAUGAAGCGCUUUGGCUUUGAAAGUGAACUUUAUCCAACAUUCAAUGAUAUUAGGAGAGAAUGUUCUCUUGAUGUUGAAAUUGCGGCCAGUGGUUAUACCAAAGAAAUGCAGGAGGAUGAUGAGCUGCUUCACCCAGCUGGCCCUCAUGAUGAGGGUCAUGAAACUCUUGGUGCGCAAAACCCCGAAGAGGGAAUAACUCUGGAUAAUGGCACAGAUCAAAAGACUGGUGCGGACUUCACAGAUGAGGCGCAAGAAGCCUCUGAAGUUUUGGAACAGACCAGUGAAGAAGACAGUGCAGAUGAAAGUGAACAAAGUUUGGAGCUGCGGGAGCUCAGCGGUGCCUUACAACAAGUUGAAGGACAAAUUAUUGCUGCUGGCGAUGGGGCUAAUGCAGAAGGCUCUGUAAUUGAUUUUUCUGAAGAUAAAAAGAAAAUUGAAAAAUCUACCAAAAUUGGAGAUCAGACAGGUCAAGGAGAAGAUCCUGCUGACAAAGAAUAUGAAGAUGAAUGCCCUGAUCUGAUUGACUUGUCUGCAGCAAACAAAGAAUUCAAGCCUUUCAGAGAUGAAGAGGCCUUGUUUCACAUCAAUGACCACAGAACAAGAACCACAAGUGUGACUUCAGUUGGCAGCGCUGGAAGCCGGUCAACAAUUCCUCCAGAAUUGGUCAGACAGAAGAUCAAGCGCCAGCUGACUAAGCAGCAAAAAGCUACAGUCAGACGGCGUCUGCAAAAAGGGGAGGCCAAUGUGUACACUAAACAACGGCGGGAGAAUAUGCAUAACAUCAAGUCAAGUUUGGAUGCAGCCAGCUUCUGGGGCUGACAACAUGCAGAAAUGCUUUCUUCUCUUCCUUUGUGUUGCAUAACACCAAAAACAAAGGGUCCAGUUCUUUAUAUUGUAACCCAGAUAUAUUUUGGAUCCAUACAUGGUGAUUAAAUAUCAAUCUAUAUACAUAUAAAAGUCAAA